AUGGACGUGGAUGUGGUCGCAGCUGCUGAGAAGCUCAUGGCCCCAGACGGGGAGAAAGGAUUUGUUGCAGUUUCUGCCGAAGGUCCUGCGCAGGCUGCUUUGGGGCAAGUUGUGAAGACCCAGGCUGCACUGGCCCCUACAGAUGAGCAGCUGGUGAAAGAAGACCUGGAUGAGAGCAUCGGCAACAGCCUCCAUCCUCGCCAGUUGGACCAUGAGUUUUCCACGGUUGAUGAAAAGCUGCUGCUACAGGAUCUUGUUGAGGGAGAGGAUCUUCGGCGCGAGCAAUUGAAAAUGCGAUCCAAUGAAAAAGCAAAGGCUGAAGAAGAGAGGGAGAAAAAGAAACAAGAGAAGGCAAGCAAGCCGAAGUCAGCUCCCAAACCUCGAGGCAGACCAAGGAAGGCUCUGGAAGAUGACGGUGCAGAAGGCAGCUGUCCAGGAGGUGCAUCCAAGAGGCAGAGGAGGGCACCAAAAAAGAAGGAGGAGCAGCCGGAGCAGCAAACAGAAAACCCAGACCCGGUGGAUGACGCAGUUUUGGCGGAGUGUUUCAACGCAAUGCGCCGGUUCGAGAGUGCAAAGUAUGACAGGUUCAGCGAUACACUUCACCUUCAUGAGUUCCAGAGUGUCAAGCCUGUGCCAUACUGGGAUCGCAACGAUGUUGGUUUGAAGGUGCCCAUUGAUGCUUCCGGAAAGUAUGGACAACGAGAGGCUGACAUUAGCCCGCGGGUGAGCAUCAAUCCUCCGCCACCACCGGCACCACCGCCGGCAAUAGCGCCGGCUCCGAAACCGCGGCCGCAACAGGGCCAGUGGCUGCAGUGCUGGCUCUUCAUCCCGGAGUCGGCAGGUGCGCAGCAGCCUCCAAGGCGGGCCCCUCGAGUUGUUCCACCACGGCGGGUGGCAGAGGCAUAUGAAGACGUCGAGGAAGAGGAGAUUGAGGA